AUGCUCCAGGCCGGGUUGGUGGGUGUGCUUGGGCUCAGGCGGAGGCUGCAGGCUGGAGCUGAGCCACUGGCUCUGCCCCAGGGACUGCUGCUGUGUCUGCUGCUGAGUGUAAGUGGGGCGAGGGCCUCUAGGGGGCCACUGCGGCCAUUGUGCCGGCCCAUCAACGCCACCCUGGCUGCCGAGAACGAUGCCUGCCCUGUCUGCAUCACCUUCACCACCAGCAUCUGCGCCGGCUACUGCCCCAGCAUGGUGCGAGUGCUACCCGCAGCCCUGCCCCCUGUGCCUCAGCCUGUGUGUACCUACCGAGAGCUGCGCUUUGCCUCCAUCCGGCUUCCUGGCUGCCCGCCUGGAGUGGACCCCAUGGUCCACUUCCCUGUGGCUCUGAGCUGCCACUGCGGGCCCUGCCGCCUCAGCAGCUCUGACUGUGGGGGCCCCAGGACCCAACCCCUGACCUGUGACCUUCCCCAGCUCCCAAGCCUCCUCUUCCUCUGA